AAACUGGAAGGCUUACAAAAUACGCACUCCCAAAAAAUCCGUUAUCGAAAUUGAAAAGAAAAAAUGGCUUCUUCCGAUCAUCAGCAAUUACUUCUCGUCCAUCGUUUUCCUCGAUUCAAAACCCUAUUCGUAUCCAAACUCCGUACCCGUUACCGAAUUCUGGACCCGCUUGAUGAAUCCGACCCAUCAUUUCUACCCCUUUCGGGUUCGGUUCGGGUCAUGCUGUGUGUGGGUCCUACUCCUGUAACAUCGGAAAUACUUGAUAAGUAUCCUUCAUUGGAAUGUAUUGUUGGUACUAGUGCUGGAUUUGACCAUUUUGACCUUGUUGAGUGUCGCCGACGUGGCAUCCGUGUAACUACUGCUGGUGAUUCUUUCUCUGAUGACGUGGCGGAUCUUGCUGUUGGGAUGUUGAUUGAUUUGCUACGAAAGGUCUCUGUUGGUAAUAGGUUUGUACGUGGUGGUUGUUGGCCUGUUAAAGGAGAAUUUCCCCUUGGUUCUAAGGUUGGUGGAAAACGAGUGGGCAUUGUAGGUUUAGGGAGCAUUGGUUCAAGGGUCGGUAAGAGACUUGAGGCCUUUGGCUGCAGCAUCGCAUACACCUCAAAGAGGAUGAAGCCUAGCGUUCCGUUUCCUUUCCAUUCUAAUAUUCAUGAUCUUGCAAUUAACAGUGAUGUUCUAAUUCUUUGUUGUUCUUUAACAAAAGAAACACACCGCAUGGUUGACAAAGAGUUGCUGACUGCCCUCGGGAAGGACGGUAUUGUCAUAAAUGUUGGACGAGGGGCGAUCGUUGAUGAGAAGGAACUGGUUCAGUUUCUGAAGAGAGGUGAGAUUGGUGGUGCUGGUCUUGAUGUUUAUGAAAACGAGCCCCAUGUGCCAGAGGAAUUGUUUGGAUUGGAUAAUGUCGUGCUGUCUCCACAUGUUGCUGUUUUAACUCCAGAGUCUUUUGAAGCACUUGAAGGGCUAUUCACUUACAACAUAGAAGCUUUUUUUUCAAAUAAACCCUUGCGGGCUCAAAUUGAAUAUGAAUGAUGGAAUUUUCUGUUCGACAUGUAAGUAUACAGUUCUUUUAUCAGAAAUUUACUGCUGUGAUCAAUUUCAUUAAGUUUCUGCACCAA